CGCAGGAGCGAACUUCUGCGUUUUUGCGUUGUAUUGUAAACACUUCGUUGGCCUCAUACAAAAAGCCCUUGUGUUGAUAGGUGGUAAACAAGUAGGUACCUGGGAUCUCACUAUCGUGGGCUUUGAGAGAGCGCUAUAAAAACUUGGAGCCAAGCACCUUCAGCAAUAGCCUGACCAUCGAGACCAAGGCGGAACGAAGUCUGUGUCGAAUCUGUUGUGACGAAACAAGUUCAUAGACAGCUCGACUUAUUCGAAAACGACACUUCUUGGCAAAGAUAACUGAGUGGUAAAAAUGCAGUCGCAUCUCGUGCUCUUGUUUUUGGCGCUCCUUGCUGCAGUUUGUGCGGAAGUACAACUUGAGGAAACGGUUAUCCCUGACGGGCCUGAAGAGGUCCCGGUGCAAGAUGAGGAAAACGAUCAGACGGAGGCUCCCACCGCAGAAGACACCGCCCAAGUCCUGGAAGAAUUAGAGCAUCAGAUCUUCGACCAGGUUGUGCGGGCGGACGAGGUGGCGCCUAACCCCCGCGCCAAGACGACGAGGCGGUGCUGCAAGCUGGGCCGGCAGGUAGCCCAGAACGGCCUCUUCUGCAACUUGGACCUGCUGCAGGUCCAGAAGCGGCCCAACGUGGUCCACCGGCGCAAGAUGAAGUUCCACGGGCCGGAGGUGCACGGCAAGACAGUCUACAAGGACCUGAUGCGCCGCGUGGAGAAGUGCGCCCUGAGCAACGCCUCGGAGAGCAUGUUCGUCAAGUGCUGCGAGUGGCAGCGGGACAUCAUCCACGACUUGGAGCAGUGCAAAUUGCUGGACACUCUGAGCGAGAGGAGAAGAUGCAGGAGGAGGGUACAGGCUAGACAGUAAGCUUCUCUUGCCAUCGUGAACUUUUUUUGUUGAAUGCUGAAACUGGAAGUUUGAAUUUUAUUUUGCAGAGACUUUACAGUAUUGACUUAUUUUUCUGAAAGAACUUUAUUAUAUUUGUGGUUGCUUUUGAAGUCAAAUUUUUAUCAAGUACCUUGCUGAUAAAGUGUCACUGGUUGUCCCGUUGGUAUUACGUAUAGAUACUCAGUUGAUUAAGCGAGAAAUAUUGAUUUCUCAAUUCAGACAUGUUAAUGGAAAAAUUUUCCACCCUGGAUUUUCCCAACCGACUUUUCAAUACUGAACUGGGGACUGUUUCCAAGAAUAAUUGUCUUUAUCGCAAGAUAGAUCGCGGUUUUUUCCCUGAACUACAAGCUUUGUAUCCGCAUCAUAUAGCUCCAUGUUAUCAGCUUACACUGUUUGACAGAUUAUUCCAGCUAUAAAAAGUACUUUCCAAGCAGAUUCCGAAUUAGGAUACACUUUCGCGUGUGUCAUCUGUACUGGGUAUCGCACUCUUCGCCGUUCUUGCUUUAGUUCGCCCAAGGCUUGUAAAGUUCAUUUGUCCGUCCAUCAUGUAAAUGCAGUUUUGCAACUCGCAUGACAUGAUGUCACAGCUACACAUCUGCUGCUCAGAAACAUCGUCCGUGCUAGCUCUAUGUGAAGACGAACAGACAAAAUCUUACGCACGUUUUUUUGACGUUUUAUCAGGUUUCUUUUUAAGUUUUCACGAUGUCCUGUGCAGUUGUAGUCAGAAUAUUUGUGUUCAAGGUUGUUAUAACUGUUAGUAAAGACUGUGUUUGUUUACUCCCCGGGGUUUGAGCCCACUAGCAAACACAAUCCGUCUCUUUGAAAAAAUAUAUGCAGCCUUCGACACUUUCCGUCAAUAUUUGCGAGCCAGGCACUUUCUGAAUUCCCCACGCACAAUGGGUGCUGUGCAUACAGUAGGCCUAGAUGGGGGUGACCUCGAUUUUAUUACCGAGACAUUUACCUGCCUUGGGAUCGGAUUGGUGACAGGGUAAGCUGGGCUUUUCUUUCGAGAAGAUCCAAUUUUCUGUUUGAGAAUCGAUCCGCAGAUCUCAUUGAUCUGCGCGUCACCCCGGAUCCUGUGUACUUCGUAAACAACAAAAAAGCUCAGCAUAGGCCUAAUACGAGUUUCCCCCUUAAAGGUCCGAGAUGAGCCCCGUAUUUCUUGGGUGAUUCGAGGGCUUAGAUUUUGUGCUGUUUUUCUCGCUGAAAAACAGCUGCCCUCAUUAUAUUUCAAAAGUUCGAAGCAACUGAAUAUUGUACAUGUAUCAAGCUAAAACUGUGCAUCUUAUAAAUAUCUUUUAUAUACAUACACGUACAUGUACAUUGUAUAUCAAACCCUUAACUGAUUAUGUUUGUAAAUAUAUCUUGUGGACUUAUAAUUUUAGGCGAGCCUCGAACAGUAUUAUGGAAUAAAGAUUAUUCUCACAGCCUUCGACUUUUCCGGCUUAAAUCUCCACUGGUGAUAUUUCUUUGGUCCUGGGUGCCAGGAAACACAAGAACAUUUUAUUUGGAACUCGGGACAGUCUUUGAAGAAAGUCAUUUGUAAAAAAAUGUAAAUAUGGUUUAUAAUGCUUACAUUUCAGGAAUAAAACAUGAAAACUGAAGUCA